UGCAGACAUUUAGACCCCAGAAGAAGAUGGCUCUGCACCACCUAUGGAUCUUGCUCCUUUGCCUGCCUAUCUGGCCGGGAGCAGCUGGAAGAGAUGCAGACUCCCGCAUUGUGAAUGGGAUUCUGGGAGAGUCAGUGACUUUCUACUUAAAUCUCCAAGAACCACAGCAAGUUCAAAGCGUUGCUUGGAUUUCCAAAACAUCUGUUGCUUUUGUAGCAGUAGAAGAGUCGGGAAUAGCACCCAAAGUGACUGUGACCCACAGAAAUUAUUAUGAACGAGUAAACAUCUCAGUUCCUAACUACGACCUGGUCAUCAGUGGUCUGAGGAUGGAAGAUGCAGGAGACUACAGAGCAGACAUAAAUAUACAGUUCCCUCCCUUCACCAUCACUAAGUACUACAGCCUCCAAGUCUACCGUCGGCUUGGGAAGCCAACAAUUACCCAGAGUUUAAUGACAUCUGUGAACAGCACCUGCAAUGUCACACUGACAUGCUCUGUGGAGAAGGAGGAAAAGAAUGUGACAUACAGCUGGAGUCCCCUGGGAAGAGAAGGCAAUGUGCUUCAAAUCUUCCAGAUUCCUGAGAACCAAGAGCUGACUUACACAUGUACGGCCUGGAACCCGGUCAGCAACAGUUCUGACUCCAUCUCUGCCCAGCAGCUCUGUUCAGACGCAGCCAUGGCCUACCGUACUCGCCACACCAGGUUGCUGAGUGGAUUGGCUGUGCUCUUUCUUCUUGCUCUCAUGCUGUCUUCAGUGUUUUUGUUCCUCUGGUGCAAAAGACAACAAGGUUCCCACUUCAAGGCCUUCACUAAAAGUUCUGAUGCUGCCUCAAAGGCAACAAUAUACACAUACAUCACAAUUUCAAGAGACGUGCAGCCUGCAGAGUCUACAGUCUAUGAUGAAAUCCCCCAAUCCAAGGUGUUUCCCACCAAGGAAGAGCCAGAGAACACGGUUUAUUCCAUGGUGCAGUACUCGGAUAAGAUAGGGAAAGCCAGCACACAGGAUUGCAAACCUGCAAUGACUUCAAGCUAUGAUAUCGUGAUCUAGAUUGGUGACCCAGAUCUUCCCUGCACAGUUCUUACCAGGAGAUUGCAAAACAGCAGAAAAGCUGUCGAUGGCCACAGAUGGACAAAAAGAUACAUGCCCUUCUGAGGAAAUGACAAGGCAGGGUCCCUGCUACUAUAUUUUCCAAGCUUCCUCACAUCUCAGUACAUAUGGGAAAUAAUAUUUCUAUGGCACUUUGUGGCAAGCAAUCAAGAUUGCUUAUGUCUGGAGGCUGCACAUCAAGAGAGGUUUCUAGUGUCUGCUGGGACAACCCUGCCCAGCAACCACAGGAGAAGGAGACACUAUUUGAUGCAUCUAUAACAAGCUGUAGCACCCUGGCUAGGACACUCUGCUCAGACUCAACACAUGUGAAGAGCUCUGAUGCAUGGCCUCCAUGAGCCCCAAGAGCACACUGAGCAAACUAGGAGUAGGCUCUCUUCCCUUGAAGCACAGGUAGCCUCUCGCCCCACUGCACAGCAUGGCAAGUGGAGUAUGGGUGCCCUCUUACUCCAUUUCAGCCCCAUCCCCAACCCUUUGCCCAGAAACAUCCAUGAGAGUAGACUGGCCCAACCAACCUGACUCUAGAUAAUGAUGCCCUGUGGAGGGUGUCAGAGUGAUGGCUCUCAGCUGUGCAGACAACGUUCUCCGACUCAAUGGAGUGUUGGAAAAUGCUCUUCCUGGAGGGACUAGACUACUGGGCCACUUUUCUUUGGGCUCUACUUGAGAAGCAUUGUAGGAUUUCCUUUCUGGUCAAACUUUCCUUUCAUUUCACUCCAACCAGCUUCAGCAAGAAGAAGAAUCCAGGCCUAGUGCCCCCACUUUCUAAAAGGAACCAAUCAACUAUUUCUGGCAUUCAGGAGAACUGGGUGUAACCCAACCACCCAAGCAACAGUCUUUGAAGGAAAUAGUCAUUCUUCAGAGGAACUUGGGAGAUGAUGGUGCAGAUGAUAAAAAUGAGCUCACCCCAGUUCCUAAAGCUCAGCUCAGAGAGUCAUGCGGGUUGACCUAAGGCUGAGUGCCCCUGCUUUGGCACCUACCCCUCCCUCACCCCUGCCACACAUACACACAGCUGGCCAGCUUCCACGGCUUUCACUCCCAGCAGUGAGGAAGACCCACCCCAGCUGAGCCAGACAUUCAUGUGAUCAUUUGAGGAAGUUCUCCCCUUUAGUGUUAACAAGCAUAAUCAGCUAAAUCCUAGCACCCCGUGAGCAAUCCCAGGCUAGACAGCAGAAUAAGCUGCUUUUAGGAAGCAAGAAUAUGUCAGUCCCAGAGCAUGGAUCCAUAGAAACGUACCGACUGCCCUGAGCACUACAUUAGGGAUUGUAAGGCCCCCAAGUGUAAGAUUAAUAUCUGCCCUUUUCUGAGGGUGCAGUCCCGGCACAGACGCCACAGCUAAUCUGAGCUGCAAGCUGCAAGUACUGGCACGCUCUAGCCCAGGCAGAAAAGAUCGGCUGGUGUGUGAGUGAGUGUGUGUGCGGGUGUGUGAGAGUGUGUGUGUGUAUAUGUGUGUGAGUGUGUGUGCAUGUGUGUGUGGAAGCUGGUCCCAGAAAGAUCGGCGGAUGUGUGUGUGAGUGUGAGUGCGUGUGUGCAUGUGUGUGCAUGUGUGUGUGUGUGGAAGCUGGUCCCAGAAAAGAUCGGUGGAUGUGUGUGUGUGUGAGUGUGUGUGUGUAUGAGUGUGUCUCUGUGUGAGUGUGUGUGUGUGUGUAAGCUGGUCCCAGAAAAGAUCGGUGGAUGUGUAUGUGUGUGUGAGAGUGUGUGUGUAUGAGUGUGUAUGUGUGUGAGUGUAUGUGUGUGUGUGUGUGUGUGUGGAAGCUGGUCCCAGAAGGAUGAAUGGGAUUUGAAUAAAGAAUGAGGAGGAUGGGGCUUUCAAGUGGAAGAAAAAUGAGUGGAGGCCUGGAUCUGUGGGGUGCAUUCAGGUCGCCUCCCCAGAAACACCAUGCCCGCUCACAGUUCUUUGCCUCUACCAGAACAUGUGCCCCCAAUCCAUUUACAUCUCCUUCAAUGGCCACCUCAAUGGUGCCGCCUCUAUGGAGGUUUCCCUGGUAUCCUCAGUCAAAAUGAAUCACAGCUCUUUUUGCAAUUCUUCCCCACUCCCUUUCUGGUCCCUCCAUCACUAUAACUCAUUGCAUUCUGCCCACAGCAUAAAUAAUCAUCUUUUCCUCACUCACUGUACACUACUUAUGAGCAAGAUCCAUGACUUGUUCUUCAUUUUAUUCACCUCUACGUCCCUUCAAUGGAACAUGAUUUUGUGCCAAACCAAGAUGCGUUGAGUUUUUGUUUGCUCUGAUUUGUGGUAACUAACACACAGAGUACUCAAAAACUGUAAUGUAUAUGAGCAAAAUUGACAUUUUGAGAUUUGAGUAUUGUUUAAAACUCUUGUCCAUACUUUUGAGGAACAGUGGCUUUUCUACUUAGUACUUGCUGAAUUCUUUCUUUAAUAGAGGGUUAAGCUUGUGAUUAUAAAGUAAAUUGAAAGUAUGUCAUUGUAAAAAUUAAAAGAAAAUUAAGAAAAAUAAAAGAAGAAAGGAGUGAGGGAAGGAGGGUGGGAUGGGAAAUGUCAUUACUGUAUAUGUGAAAUUUGUUCCCUUUAUAGAAAUUUUUAAAAAUAAAAUUAAGUUUUAAAAAAUGUGCAUGGAUUGUGAACUCAAGAGGCUUCCAUAGCCUUGGCAGCUCAUGACAAGAGUCUCGGGUGAUCACUGACGUCAUAAA